AUGCUCGAUAACGACCAAUUGCCGUCAUCAUCAUCACACACCACAACUGAAGUAGCCACCACUGCUGCAUCAUCAACCAAUGACAAUAGAAGAAAAGGAAUUGCGCCCAUCAAGGCCGAAUAUUUAAUUGUUGUCGAAAAGCAUCAGCAACAACUCAACAACAAUCCCGAGAAAGCCAACACAACAACAUCGGAGGAGCAAAGCCUUGUUGCAGUAACCACUCCCUCUUCCUGCAACACUGAUGAAACGCAAACUGUUGAUGAUUCGGAAAAAAAGAGAAAAUUACAAGAGGAAACUAACAUUAAUCCGAACAAGGCUAAGAAAACAAAAAGCUUUCAUAAUCGAACAAAAGAAGCUCUUAAAAAAGAGAAAAAGGAAAAACAACCUGAAGAGAAUGGAGAGCAGGAUGAAGGGACAUCAACAGCGGUUCGACCCAAAGACGAAUACAACUUUUUGGAUCAUUCCAUUGUCAAGUUGUUGAGAAAGAAGGCUUAUAAUUUCCAAAAGGCAGAUGAAAUUACUAAACAUGUGGAAGAGUUUGUUAAAAAGGAAGCUGAUAUUAGAUCAAAAGCAAAUAGUGAAGAAAACAUUCUUAGACAAAGACAACAACAAAUUGCAAAACAAAAGAUGAUCGAAAGAGGUGAAAAUGUUGAAGAAUGGCAAGAAAAGUUCAAUAUUCUGACUUACAAGGAAACUAAAUACCAUCCAAAAGAGGUUAAAAAAGUUGACUUUAAGAGAAAAACAUAUCUUGCUCCGUUGACAACUGUUGGAAAUUUACCAUUCCGAAGAAUCUGCAAAGAUUUUGGAUGUGAAAUUACAAUUGGUGAAAUGGCUCUUGCACAAGCAAUUUUGAAAGGAGAAAGGGGUGACAUUUCACUAUUGAGAAGACAUGAAUCUGAGAAAAUUUUUGGAGUACAAUUGGCAGGAAAGGAUGCAUUUACAAUGACUCGAGUUGCCCAGCUUAUCGAUGAACAAUUUCCACACAUUGAUUUCGUAGACGUGAAUUGUGGAUGCCCUGUGAAUUCUUUGUGUUCUCAAGGAAUGGGAGCUGGUAUGAUGGAAAAGAGAACGAAAUUAGUGGGCAUUGUAAGGGGCAUGAAAGAGGUAUUGAGCAUUCCUGUUUCUGUAAAGAUGAGAACAGGUGCUAAAACUGGAAAGAAUUUUGCACACAAAUUAAUGGCAGAUUUGUGUGAAUGUGGAGUUGACUCAUUGACACUACAUGGUAGAAGUAGAGAAAUGAGAUAUACCAAGGAGGCUGAUUAUGAUUAUAUUUAUGAUUGUGCCAGAGUUGUUAACAAUUAUUCCCAACAAUCAGGUAGAAAAGUCUCAAUCAUUGGAAAUGGAGACAUUUAUUCUUAUCAAGACUGGUAUGCGCAUGUUGACAAGGUUGACACACUCAUGAUUGGUCGUGGAGCUCUUAUCAAGCCAUGGAUUUUCAAGGAAAUAGAAAUGCAACAAACACUUGAUGUGACAGCAUCUGAAAGAUUGGAAAUGCUAAAAAGUUUUGUUAAAUAUGGAUUGGAUCAUUAUGGAGCAGAUGACAUUGGUAUUAGCAAAACUCGUCGAUUCUUGUUGGAGUGGCUUUCAUUUCUUUACAGAUACAUUCCUGUUGGACUACUAGAACGUCUUCCCAUCAAGUUAAAUGAAAGACCUCUACCCUAUGUUGGUAGAAAUGAAUUAGAGACACUCAUGGCAUCCUCUAAUUGCAAGGAUUGGGUCAAAUUGACAGAACUAGCUGGUUUACCAAAAGUCGGCGAUGAUUUUGUCUUUAUUCCAAAACACAAGAGCAAUAGCUAUGAAGAUGGCGACACCAAUGGCUAA